AUGUCAUCAACCACCAAACCACCACAGCAGACAACAUGCUCCAAACCAGGCCAGACGGAGCCAGAUCACACUGGAACCAGACCACAUGCUCCGGAUCAAGCCAGACUGAGCCAAACCAUACUACGAUUAGGCAGCAGGCCUCAGACCGGGCCUCAGACCGGGCCUCAGACCGGGCCUCAGACCGGGCCUCAGACCGGGCCUCAGACCGGGCCUCAGACCGGGCCGCAGGACUAUCACUCAAUCAUCAAACCGACCAAUGACAAAGCAGCGAGCCACACAAGUGCCAUGAAAUUAGGUCCCGGGAUCUGGACCAGGUUUAGAUAG